GAGAGAGAGAGAGAGAGAGAGAGAGUUGAAGAUGAGCAACAACAAUGCAACCUCAGUGCCGGAAGCAUAUCCAAUGAACGGUGGAGAUGGCACAUACAGCUACACCAAAAACUCUUCUUACCAGAGAGCAGCUGCAAAUGUUGCAAAGACUCUAAUUGAUGAGGCAAUAGCAGAGAAACUUGACAUAGAAGAUUUUUCUUCUGCUUCAAGCAAUGCAUUUCGCAUAGCGGAUUUGGGAUGCUCAGUUGGACCAAACACUUUCGCAUGCGUCCAAAACAUAAUGGAAGCGGUGAAACAAAAGUACGGAUCCCAAAUGCCUGACUUCCAUGUGUUCUUUAAUGACCACGCAGCCAAUGAUUUCAAUACCCUGUUUGCCUCUUUGCCUCCGGAAAGGCACUACUUUGCAGCUGGUGUGCCGGGGUCUUUCCAUGGCCGGCUCUUCCCCGAGGCCUCUCUCCAUUUCGCGCACUCUUCAUAUGCAACUCACUGGCUCUCUAAGCUACCAGAAGAAGUCACAAACAAGAACUCUCCAGCAUGGAACAAGGGCAAGAUUUACUAUACAACUUCCCCUGACCAAGUAUUUAAUGCUUUCGCAGCCCAAUUUCGUACGGACAUGGCAAUAUUCUUGGAAGCUCGGGCUAAAGAGCUUGCGGCUGGUGGAAUGAUGGUGCUAAUUAUGCAAACCAUCCCAGAUGGGAUCCAUCAGUCUCGCAUUCCAACUGGCAUCAUGUUUGAUUUUCUGGGGUCUAUUCUCAUGGAGAUUGCAAAGGAAGGUUUGAUAAGUGAAGAAGAGGUGGACUCAUUCAACAUUCCAGUGUACACUACGACUCCAAAUGAGAUGGCAGAGCUGGUAGAAAGAAAUGGAAGCUUUAGCAUAGUGAAAAUGGAGUCAACAAGCCCCUGGUUAAAAGUUGGUCACAUAGUAAACAACACGCCGCAGAAACUGGCGAGGGAGCUAAGAGCUGGCAUGGAGGGAGUUUUCAAAACUCAUUUUGGAAGUGACAUUGUUAAUCAAGUGUUCGAUAGGCUCAAUGAUAAAAGUGGCCAACUUAUCAACCAACUAGAGUCCAGCCACAGACAAGGAACUCAGUUGUUUCUUGCUCUGAAACGCAAAUGAAAGCAAAGCUUCUCAAUUAUAAUAUUUGUAUUCAGAUAAAUAUACUAGACCACAAAUAAGGUUGUGCGCAUAGGCCUGCGGGUGCGUGUGAUAACCAUUUUUUCGGGGUUAAUUUAUACUUUUUUGUUUGUAAUAUCACUUCUAUGUGAGACUUGUAUUUGAUUAUGCUUAUGCCUAUAAAAUAACUAAAUAACCAACUUAAGAGAGAUGUCAUGUGUUACGAAAUGCUCA